CAUAUAUAAACACAUGUCCUUCACUAUGCUGUUUAAGACUUCAGCCAUGAAACUUGUAGUGUUGCUUUGUGUUGUGUCGUGUGGCCUAAAUUUAGUCCAAGCAGGGGUGGACAAAAGCAGGGCAAUUGAGAUUUUGAAAGAAUGCAAACAGAAAACACAAGCGAAAGAGGAUGUGUUGGACAUUAUUGAUAGUCACAAACUUCCUUCAUCGCCUGAAGGAAAGUGUAUGAUGCAUUGUCUGCUGGAAACUAAAGGUUUGAUGAAAGGAAGCCAGGUAGACACAAAUGCUUUCUCUGAGUUUUUCGGAAAGGCUUACGCCACAGAACCAGCCCAGCUUGAGGCAGCAGCUAAAGCUAUAGCAGCCUGCAGUGUUAAAAUGAACGAAUGGAAGGGAUUUGACAAAUGUGAAAUCGCUGCUCGCCUUCUUCAGUGUGGACAUGAUAACAACAUCAGUUUGAGUUAAGGUGUUUGAAGCAAUAACAAUAUAAACAAUAAUUGUUUGGGAUAACCUUAAACCUUCAAGACAAAAAUAAAAACUAACAAUAUUCUA